AUGGCCUCAAGAAAGCUGAUUCUUGAUUUCUUACUCUCACAACGAUCACAACGAUCUCUUGUUCUUCCACACCAAGGUGUGAAAACAAGGUUGUUUUUGAAUUCGGCUGAUAGACGUGGAUACAGUGUCUUCAAUGAGUUCUCUAAGAAGGUUAAAGAUGAAACUGUUAGAAACCCAGAAUUCCAACAGUCUGUGAAGGAGCUGAAGGAAAAAGCAGAAGAAUUGAAAGGGGUAAAAGAAGGUCUGAAAGAAAAAACAAAGCAGACAUUUGAGCAGCUGUACAAACAAGCAGACGGCGUGUGGACAGAAGCUGAAGCUGCUGCAAAAAAGGUUUCUUACAAUGUUAAAGAGAAAAUUUCAGCUGCAACUGAAAAGGUGAAAGAAACUCCUGGGAUAGGAAAGCAGGACUCUUCAGGAUCAACUGAUUCUUCAACAAAACAGGACACUGAUGCAGAGCAAGGAAGUCAGACAUCACACGAGGAAGAGAAAACACAGCAAUUUACGCCUGAUAAUGCUUCAGAGUCAUUGUUUGGCAAAUUUAAGUCAACCUUUUCGUCUCCAAAUGUUUCCACUUCCUUUCAAAAAUUAAAGGAUGCAAAAAUUGUGGACAUAACCAAGAAAGGUUAUGACAUACUAAAGGAGGAAUUGAGUAGUAACCCAACUAAGAGACGGCAUGUUCGAUCUACUUUUAGUGGCGAAACAAGCACAAAAACUGAUCUUGUUGUUACGCCCUCUACCCAAUCUGGGUGGAGUAAGAAGUUUGGCGAGAUCAAGGAUAAGGUGAAAAGCUUUCCUGCAUUCAAGCGAUUCAUUAAGUAUACUGACCCAGUGAAGACAAAGAGCCAGGAGAUAGUAGAGGAUUUGCGGGAAAGAUAUGACACAAGUGACAACCCCAUUAUUCACAAAAUACAGGACAUCAACGAUACCAUGUUUCAAGAGACUGAUGCUGCACUUUCAUAUAAAGAAAUACGUCAACGGGAUCCUUCUUUUUCCUUAACGGAGUUUGUGGGAGAAGUACAGGAGGCCAUAAAACCAGUGCUUAAUGCUUACAUCAAGGGAGACGUUGAAACACUGAAGAAGUACUGUAGCCCUCAGCUAAUUGAACGUUGUAAAGCAGAGCAUAGUGCUUAUAAAAGUCAUGGUAUCUUCUUUGAUAACAAGAUCCUGCAUAUUUCCGAUGUGGAAGUAAGAGAAACCAAGAUGUUGGAAUCAUCCCCUGUCAUUAUUAUAGUGUUUCAGACACAGCAAAUAUAUUGCGUACGAGAUAAGAAUGGGGCAAUAACAGAAGGAGGCAAGGAUACAAUCCACAUGGUAUACUAUCUAUGGGCUUUGCAACAAAUGGACCGAGAAGAUCACGGCGAGGAUGCGAUUUAUCUAAUGUGGAGACUAAGAGAGAUGCAGCAGCAAGGCAUACAAGCUCUCAUCUAG